AUGCCCGAUGUUAUUGACCUGAUCUCCUCAGACCCGCCGCUGCCAGAUGAGUCACGGUCACAGCCGCAACUGCAGCCGGUACAGCGGCCGUCGCGUCAGAUCCCCACGCGACUCUCCAAUUUGGGGAUAUUUUCGUCUGAUUCUUUGGACGUUUCGUUCUUCAAUCACGAUGACAUCUUCGACGAGCCUGCAAAAAAGCGGAGGCGCAGCAACGAGAAUCCGUCGCCUCUCAGACAGACAAGUACGGCUCGCGAAAUGGCCGCGCCAGAGCGACGCCCGUCAUGGCUGUUCUCCGAUGAUGACUUUGGCCUCCCACCUUCGAACCCCGCCAUGCUGAAACGCCCAGUUGGGCGCGAAACAGAAGAAUCAGAUUCAAUUGUCUUCACAUCAUCUGCCCCGCAGCCAGGAUCUAAGCCCAAGCCACCUACACCGCGGAAAUCAACUCACGAGGAUCAUAAUGUGAUUGCACUUGAUGACGACGACGAUAACGAUCCUUUCUUGAAACCCUCUAAGAACAACAAAAACCCUAGUAGGCCCGGAAAUACACAGGACACGAUUGAGGAGUUUAGCGAUCCGUUUGCACUUCCGGGAUUUUCGGACAUUCUUGAUGUUGACGACGAGCCAGAGCCGCCAACCUCCAAUACCGUCUUUUCUAGUAAGACUGCUAAGCUGCUUUCCGGUCUGAGAGCAAACAACGCAAAAUCAAGGCCAAAGUCUACAUCUCGGUCCCAGAAGUCCCAAGCCGGCACAGUGGGAGGCAUGUCGUUAUCUGAUUUCUCGGACGGCGUCGAAUUGGAGGAACCUGUGGAGCCACGACGGGCUCCAAAGAAGUCGACGAAACUCCCACCCGAAGUGAAAGAGGCCAGGGCUAGGGCAAGAGCUGAAGCCAAAGUGCAAAAAGAGUUGGACCGGGAGCAGGAGAAGAAGCGAAAGCAGAAGCUCAAAGAAGAGAAGGCUAAGGAAAAGCAAUUGGCAGCGGACAUUUCGGAGGUGAACAAGGCAAAGGUAGAUAAGAAAGAUUCUACGCCGGAGAUGAUCAUAGACAUGGCCAGCUCCAUGGAAGGCACUAACGUUGGCAACCAAACGAUCGAAUUCAUGAAGCGGCUGGGAGUUGAUCACAAUUUCGUCCCGGGGUCGAUCUCUAAUGUGGUCAAAUGGCGCCGAAAAAGGAACGCGAGAUACAACGAAGCUGCAGGUCACUGGGAACCAUGCGCAUUCCACAUUCAAGAAGAGAAACAUGUCUUGUGUUUGGUUCCCGCACAAAACUUUGUUGACAUGGUGAUUCCAGCGCCAGAUGGCGAGGAUCGAGACACCUUAGAGUUGCACGUUCUCCGACUCAAAAGUGCUUAUCCAAAUCAUACGGUCAUCUACUUGAUCGAAGGCUUGACUGUCUGGAUGCGCAAGAACCAAAACUCUCGUAAUAGGGCUACGGAGGACCCCACCACGUCCCGUGGUCGCAAUAAAAAGACCAAGAAGAAACCAGAGACCACUCCACCCGUCGACGAUGAUACGAUUGAGGACGCCCUUCUGGCCCUACAGGUAACGCACUCUUGUCUUAUUCAUCACAGCAACGCACCGGCUGAGUCGGCCGAGUGGAUCAAGAACUUCACGGAACACAUUUCCACCAUUCCGUAUCGUCGCGAACGCAUGGAAGGCAACGACGCCGCAUUCUGCAUGGAUGUAGGUCAGGUCAAAUCUGGCGAGGAUAAGCUCGAUACGUUCGUGAAGAUGCUUCAGGAAGUGAACCGUGUCACGGCUUCAAUGGCGUACGGGAUCACGAACCAAUACCCCAGCGUCACCAAUCUCGUGAGGGGCAUGCGCAUCCAUGGGCCCACGAUGCUAGAAGAUGUCAAAAAAUCGGCGAACAAGAAUGGCGCUCUUACCGAUGCUCGUGUGGGCCCCGCCGCCAGUAAGCGCUUGUACAAAGUAUUUACAGGGCUGGAUCCGACAUCCACUGAUGUCUAG